CACAGCCAUUCAUGGCCUCGGCUGUCAAUCGCUGGGUCCCGGCUGAUGAUUCCUCGCACCCGGUGAUUGAAGAGUAUCUCCGACGUGGGAGAGACCUGUUUAUAAACAACACAGAUUUCUCCCCUGUCUGCUCCUGCACACUGCUUUGUAUGGCUCUGCCUAUCAGAACCAGUGUAAAGCACUCACACAGCAUACUGUGAAACAGCACACAGCACAUAGUUAACCCUUUGAUCGCCCCACAUGUUAACCCCUUCCUGCCUAGUGCCGUUAGUACAGUAUCAGUGCUUUUUAUUAGCACUGAUCACUGUAUUGGCGUCACUGGGGAUGUCAGUGACACCAAGUCAGUUCCCCCCCAGUGUCAGAAUGCCUGCCGCAGUCCUGCUAUAAGUCACUGA